UUUCAAAUGAAUGUGAGAAUUUUCCUUCCCUGCUAAAGGCUAGCAUUGAUAAUACACAUAUAUUUUGGAAGAGAUUUCCAGGAGUGUGUAUUAUACCUUAUUAACUGAGCAGUAAGAGGAUUCCAGGUGUAUCUAUCUGCCUUGUAACUUACCUGGAGAGCACCCCGCGAGCUGAUAGUGCUGAGGGACGUUGUUACCCCACCACCAGCUAAGAACCCACCAGAAGGAGAUCCACUGUUCUACCUCUUGUGGCCACCAUGCUGUCCAUCCGCCUCUUCAGACCCCUGUCACAGCUGCCAGGGAGAACCCUGAGUUGCUAUGACAGAGAAAAUGGAACAAGGCGCUCGCUGCUGUUUUACUCCGCCUCCCUGGUCCCUAGCAGCCGUCGUGCUUAUUCCGAUGAGGUGAAGCCGGUUGGCAGCAAAGCCGUCCUGGUCACAGGCUGUGACUCGGGAUUUGGGUUCUCCUUGGCCAAGCAUCUGCAUUCAAAAGGCUUCCUUGUGUUUGCUGGCUGCUUGAUGAAGGACAAAGGAGACGAUGGGGUCAAGGAGCUGGAUAGCUUGAAGAGUGAUCGACUAAGAACUGUCCAGCUCAAUGUCUGCAAGAACGAGGAGGUGGAGAAAGUGGUGGAGAUCGUCCGCUCGAGCCUGGAGGACCCUGAGAAAGGCCUGUGGGGCCUCGUUAACAAUGCGGGCAUCUCGACUUUUGGAGAAGUGGAGUUCACCAGCAUGGAGACCUACAAGGAAGUGGCAGAAGUGAACCUCUGGGGCACCGUGCGGAUGACAAAAUCCUUUCUCCCCCUCAUCCGAAGGGCCAAAGGCCGCGUCGUAAACAUCAGCAGCAUGCUGGGCCGCAUGGCCAACCCGGCCCGCUCGCCUUACUGCAUCACCAAGUUCGGGGUGGAGGCCUUCUCCGACUGCCUGCGCUACGAGAUGCACCCGCUGGGUGUGAAGGUCAGUGUGGUGGAACCUGGCAACUUUAUCGCCGCCACCAGCCUCUACAGCCCCGAGCGCAUCCAGGCCAUUGCCAAUAAGAUGUGGGACGAGCUGCCCGAGGUGGUGCGUCAGGACUACGGCAGGAAGUACUUUGACGAGAAGAUCGCCAAGAUGGAGACCUACUGCAACAGCGGCUCCACAGACACGUCCCCUGUCAUCAACGCUGUCACGCACGCCCUGACCUCCGCCAGCCCCUACACUCGCUACCACCCCAUGGACUACUACUGGUGGCUUCGAAUGCAGGUCAUGACCCACUUGCCCGCAGCGGUGUCCGACCGGAUCUACAUACACUGAAGUUUCCCACCGGCCUCUGCUUGGGGGACCCUGCUGGGAGGGAGG